AUGAAAAUGUUGAGCGCCCCCAGAGCUGUAUUUUGUUUAUUUACCCUCUUGAACGUUGUGUUGUUGAAUAAUUUCACCCUUUCGAAUGACCAUGUCGUUUCUUCCCCCGCUGUAAGCGGCUUCCCAAGACACUUAUCCGAAAUAAAAAAGAAUUCCAAUAAUAAUGAUUCAUCAAAGAAUAAAAGAACUCGUGAACGUUAUAAAGAGUUGUUGGCAGAUUCUCUUUUCACAGAACAUUCAGAUAAUGCCGCGUUAUUAGCUGAAUUAAGUGAAAAAGAGUUUUUAGUUCAUAACAAAAGGAACCGUGGUAGUAUAAACAAUAGAGAAAUGGUUGCUUUGCUUAAUGGAUUUGACAGAUUAUAUGUCAUAGAGCAUGCAAGAAUGUUGAAGGGAUUAUCAAACACGCUCAAUGAUUUAUCAACAAAAUAUAAAAUUCCAGCGAAGGAGGCAGGAGACCUGUGGAAAGAAUGUAAGAAUAGCAUUGAAUCUGAACAUAAUAAAAAAAUGGAUUCUCAUAAACCACGUUAUAAUUCAUUAGUAAUGUCGUGUAGUGCAAGUGUCGCUGAUUUCGGGGACUUCUAUAAGUACUAUGUUAGAACAUUGUAUAAAGGCUUAAAAAAGAGUGAAAAAAAGUGGAAAAAAAAAAUUACCGAGAGAGUGAGUAAAUAUGGAGUGGCUAGCCCAAAACAAAAGGCAUAA